AGAAAGAUAAAUUAUAACGCUUUAAGGAGUAUUACUCGUUUUCAAAAAUUUCCCGUUUCUGUAGUCAUGCCUUUCCUAGGACAGGACUGGAGAUCUCCAGGACAGAACUGGGUGAAAACCGGCGAUGGCUGGAAAAGAUAUAAGAAUGAUGUGAUCGAUUACUUCGAUGACAUUUCCAAUUCUAACAGUUUUUGUAAAGAAGACAAAGAGAAUAUUUUCAAGAAUUUAAACUAUGAUGUCUCAGCCAAGAAACGAAGGAAGGACGUGUUAAAUAACAAGACAAAAACACAGUAUUUCCAUCAAGAAAAAUGGAUCUAUGUUCAUAAGGGAAGUACAAAAGAACGCCAUGGCUAUUGUACAUUAGGAGAAGCUUUCAACCGUUUAGAUUUUUCAAGUGCAAUCCAAGACUGCAAAAAAUUUAAUUAUGUAGUAAGGCUGCUGGAUCUAAUAGCAAAGUUCCAGCUAACAUCCCUGAGUGGUAUUGCACAGAAGAAUUACAUGAACAUUUUGGAAAAAGUAGUACAAAAAGUUUUGGAAGACCAGCAGAAUAUAAGGGCAAUAAGGGAAAUUCUACAGGUCCUUUACGAGUCCCUCUGCAACCUUGUGGAAGGAGUGGGCAAAUGUGUUCUGGUUGGAAACAUUAAUAUCUGGGUUCAUAGAAUGGAAACCAUUCUCCACUGGCAACAACUGCUAAACAACAUUCAGAUCAUCAGGCCUGUUUCUAAGGGGCUAACCCUGACAGACUUACCAAUUUGUUUACAACUGAACAUCAUGCAGCGGUUAACAGAUGGAAGAGAUAUUGUCAGUCUUGGUCAGGUUUCACCUGAACUGUAUGUGUUAAGUGAAGACAGAUUACUAUGGAAGAAACUGUGUCAUUACCAUUUCACAGAGAGACAGAUCCGAAAACGCCUAAUCCUGUCCGAGAAAGGUCACCUAGACUGGAAGAAAAUGUAUUUCAAACUAUCACGAUGCUACCCUCGGAAGGAGCAGUAUGGAGAAACACUUCAGCUUUGCAGUCAUUGCCAUAUCCUUUCCUGGAAGGAUACAGUUCAUCCUUGUACAGCCAACAAUCCAGAGAGCUGCUGCACUCCUCUGUCCCCACAAGACUUCAUCAACCUUUUCAGAUACUGAGUUUUGGGAAUGGUGGAGUCUGCUGAAGUAAUUUUCCUGGGACAUUUAGCAACACUGAAUUUGCUUCUUGGAACUGUAAAUACUGUACAUACUAAUUAUUUUUAUGAAGAUCCUGGGUCUAAUUAAGUAGAGAAGAUACAUUUUGUUACACGAGUACUCUGUGAAGCUGUUGCUUUACUCUAGUUUUUCAGCUAAGAAUAAGGGAGUACAAUAAGGCAAACUUUUCAUGCAGGGAUUUGUAAGACUAUGGAACAUUAUUCUUGAAGUCUGAAUUUGCUUUAUAACAGGUACAUUGUCUUAGUUGAUGGUAGUAUGUUAGGUGUAAAUAAUAUAUUUCAAACCGUGAAGAAAAUUUUUGAUUUUGUGCUUCUGUUGGUUUUGUGAUGUUUUUUUAAUAUAAAAAGCACUACUGUAAUGCAGCUGCUCAAUUUAAUACAGCUUUUAUGUGCUUGGUAGUCACAGUUUUGUUAUGUAAAGUAACCAAUGUAUUUGUUAGUUUAAGAAACCAAGCCACUUGAAUUUACAUACCUGAUGUAUAAGUAAAUAGUUCUGCCCUUUAAAUGUAGAGUAGAACUGAUAGCUUUCUUCCAAAGGUGUUACUUGUCUCUUUCCAGGAAUUCCCUUUAUUGCAGGGUUGAUAUCAAACUUGCCACUCCAUUUCAUUUUAAGAUUUAGAUCUAAAGACAGUGCAUGGCUGUUUCUGAAACUCUUAUGUUUCUAAGUGUUUAGAAAUAACUCACACACACGCUGAAUGAAUGCCACAUGCAGUGUUUGGCAUUUGAGUCUAUGUACAGUGGAAAAUCAAAGGGAAUACCCAACUUUCAGUAAAUAUUAAUUAUAUAGCAAAGUGUGUGUCCAUCCAAAUUAGUCUUUCAAGAUUUUGUGUACUGUAUUUCAAACAAGCAGAAAUGAUUUGUCAAACUUUUCAUAUUUUAGCCAUGUGGCCUUUAUGGGAAAAUGAUAUUUUAACUAGUUAAAAGCAAACAUUUUUAUUGCAGUUUGGUGGCAGACUGACACCGAGACUCAGCAGCAAGUCACUGUUAGGCAGUUCUGUCACUGAAGUAUUCAGAAGCAUGUGAUACCAUCUCCCCUCAGCUGUGGAUAUUUCUGUCAUUUUCAUUUUAAAUGAAGCAUUUGAACAUUAAAUAUGCCAGCUUCACUGACAAAAAGAAGCCAGUGCCAUUCAGCACAAAUACAAACUGAAUACUACUUUAUUCAUACAUAACAUUUUAAGUGAUUCAAAAUGAAAAAAAAAAUGCAUAUGAGCAUUUUUCAUUUUAAAUAUAAAUGUAAAUUUUAAAUAGAACAGGAUAUUCUAAAUAGAAAGGUUCCACCUGAAAAAUAUAAGUAAUGUAACACUAGUAUUAAUUUUUUAACAAGUAAAGAAAAGCAAGAAUAUAUUUAUUUUGAUGUAAGAAAGCAAGAAGAAAAAUCCCCACCAUUGCCUCACAAAUCUGAAUAAUUUAAAAAGAAUUGAGUUACUGUGAACAUAAGUUGCUCACAGUACUCUGUAAACUGAGAGAUGUUUAAUAUGUCAGUGCCCACCACUUUUUAAGUAGUUUGAAAUUCAUAAGACUGCGAAGUUUAAACACGCUCUAAAAGUUGUUUGGCAUACAAUGAUCCACCAAACAAGGAGUGCUUUAAUAUAUACAUACAUAUACACACACGGUUUUUAGUCUGUUAGCAGUUUACUUAACACUGCCACUUGUUCCAAAAGUGAGGUACUUUUGUAGUUCAACUAAGAGUAUUUAAAGAUGCUUAUAGUGAAACACAUGAAAAGUAACUUGCGUCAGUGAGGUUUGAAUUUCUUAACUUGCGGGUUACAGCUUCACAUCUCAUGAGCUUAUCAGGUCAAAUCAAUUUUGGUGUCCUGAAAUCUUUAUAUCAGAGUAUGUAUUACAUCAGUGGACAGUUGGCAUAAAAUUUGGCUUUAAGUGAGGGGAAAGUGAAAAAGUUUUGAGCUUUAUGAACACAUCACUGUAUGUUAUGCUAGCCUGUUGGCACUUUUUGCUAAUCAAUGUAGUUGGUUUUGCUGACCCCACUGUACAUUUUAGUAUUGACAGUUGUUUUAGUAAUUAUCUUCAUUUUAAUUUAAUUCAUUCAGAUGGGGUCAGACCACCUCUAUUACAUGGCUCUUUUGCCUGUGCACUACUUAUCAGCCUCUUGAAUGCAAAAUGAAAAAUGCAUUUUGUGCAGACAACUUUUUUUACUGCUGGUAUUGUAAUUGAAUUCAAAGCUGCGGUGGUACAGCGGUAGCGUUACCUCACAGCAAGAGGUUCUCCCGUUCGAUUCUCGGCUGGGCUUAGGAGUGCCUUCUGUGUGGAGUCUGCAUGCCCUCCCCAUGGUUGGGAAGCAUUCAAAAGACAUCCGUGUGUAAAUGGGCAUGCCUUCAUUGAAGGUUGGACGUCAAGCUGGCACCUCAGCGUUUUGUAACAAUCUGCCAAUCAUUAGCAGACCGGAGUUCCACUGUGGUGACCCCUUACCGGGAAAAGCCGAAAGACAAACAACAACAUUGUAAUUGAAUUCAGAAAGUAAUACAUAGUUCCAAAUGCAUUUUUCAGCCCUGGCAUGUAGGAACUGCUAUCUACAAAACUAACUUUUUCAAGAAUUUUAUUGUAUGAUCUUAAGUACAAUGCAGAAUGUUCCAGGUGUCAUUAGAGAAGGUUAAUAUAGUCGUGCAUUGCCUCCUAUUGUUAUUCAUAGAUUAUUUUAACCUUCAGAACACAUUGAUUAAAAGUUCCUGCUUGUCAGUUUUGAAACUUAAAUCAAACUUGGGUUCAGAUGUACACGUCAGCUGCUUUGUAAGACAUGUUCAAGUAUAUCAAGAUUAAUGGACAGGGAUUAUGCUUCCUCUCUACUGUGCAAAAAUGAAACGUUUAUUUGUCUGUAAGAAGUGGCUGUUGUAUGAAGACAUGAAGAAGUGGAAGAUGGUACAAGCUUCAUGCAGAUUGAAAUAGUGUUACAUAAAUAAUACAUCUGUGUACAUAGCAGCAGCAUUUUGAAUUUUUUAGCUGUGAUUCUUGUUAACUGCCACAUAACAGUAAGGAUUUGUAUCUGCUUGAGUGAAAUACGGUAAGAUCACUAAGUAACACAACAGUGACUCAUUGGUGGCUGCUUAUGUUCCAAAGUAUGGAGUUUCCUUGUGAAAUGUUAGAAAGGAACGAUUACGUAAUCUGAUUGCCUUCAGGUGUUUUUUUUUUUUAUGCUGUUCUAUGGAAUGUUCUCUGGCUUGUCUUUCAUAGGGAAUGGUUUAAAGAUGAUACUUGUUGCUUUUUCCUUAGUAUCUUUAUUCAUCACCUUUUUUGGGAAAAUUUGACUUAAAUUCAUGUUUGUAUUCUACUCCUAAUUACUUUUGCACUCCGCACAUCGUAUUCAGUCAGGGGUAUAUUGCUGCUGUGCUGUCAGAAUUGUACAGGGUUUAGGUGUCUAGUUAUUCCUGAACUCCAUAGAGCAUAUUCAUAUUCAGCAGCAAAAGUAGAAGUCUAUGUAUUAGGCCACAGUUGUGGUUUGGUGUAUUUUUAAACCAUGUUCAAAGCACUUUUCUUUUUUAUGUUAUAUAACUGUAUAAAAGCAUGUUUCAUUUGUACUGUGUAAACAUUUAAUGAAGGGGAAGUACUCAAGAUAAAUAGUUACAACUUGAGCUGUGCAUAUUGUAAAUACAUAUUUAUGUAUUUUUUACUUGACCUUUGUAUAUUUUCUGCAUCCUUUACCCUAUGAGUGUUUUUCAAGGAUUUUUUUUAUUUAGACAUUACCUUGGAGUAGUGUGAUAAUUAUGGUACCUUGUACAUAAAUAGGAACUGUUAAGUACAUUUUUGAGCCCCUCUGCUCAACAAAUGUAUAAGGCGCAAGGGCUGUAAUAUAUUGUAUAUGAUAAUAUAACCUUGUUAACAAUGUAGUAAAAUCAAAAUCGGGGAUGAUGUUAUGUUUAUAGUUAUACUGGCAUGGUAACAAGGCAGCCCAACAUCAAAUUAAAAUUACAGCUUGACUGGUUGAGGUAUUCCUUGUGUUCCUACUUUCCCAGUUUUAUAUUUCUGUUCCAUUUUUAUGAAUGGCACUUGUAUGCACUAUACCUGGGAAGUAUCCCUGUAAAGACACUUCAAGUUUGUGGAAGAGGAGGGGUGAGACACACACAUGCACUUACUUCUGGGAUGCCACUGAGGGCACAAAUUCCUACUAAGGCUGCUUGUAUAGGAGAAUGAAUGGGUCUGACCAAUAGGCUUGAAGGUCAGCAGGUACAUUGGCAAAAGCAUACAAAAAAACUACUAACAUGAUAAGGUGCCCUAAAUUUUGACAUGGAGUACAGAUGUAGGGUAGGAGUUACUAUUUGGUUUAACCAAGACUGAGACAUAUACUUGCAAAUCCAGAAUGUUGUAGAAGUCUGUAUGCAGUUAGUGUGCCAAUGGAACUGAAUACUGAAGGGUAUGCUUCACAGUGGCUUUAGUGCAGAUUGCAGCACUUAUAAUAAAUGCUAUGCUAAGAGUAAGUUAUUAGUACUGAGCAGUGAGCAGUGUGGAAGCAAAGCACCCACAUUUGCAAAUAUGAAUACUGCACCUUGAAACAUUGUGGAGGUGACAUAGUUUGCAAAAGAAACUGUUUAGGUAUAGAAAAGAUUUGGAAAGGGGAUAAAAAUAUUUAGUGCAUUUCCUGUAUAUCAGGUAAGCAUGGAGGUAGUUUUGUCUCAUGAAACCUACUGUACCACAAUGUUUUGCUUCUGAUGUUUGAGUAAAAGCAGUCCCUUCCACUGUUAACUUUAUAUAAUGCUCACUUUCCUUAUUAGUUUAGAGUUUGUAUAGUCUUAUGUGAGCUACCUAUGUUAUGGAGAUGCCACCAGAUAGUGAAAAAUGCAAAAUGAUUUCCAGAUGCUAAGGUGUUGCUGCAGUUUAUGGUCCUACUUGAAGUGUCUUUACAGGGAUACUUCCCUAGUAUAGUACACUAUUGUUUUUUUACGGAAGUGUAAAAAUUCAUCCAUCCACAACCCCUUUUUACAUUUUUUGUAAAUGGGGUUAGGGUGCUACUUUAACAGUGGUGGUCACCUAGAUGUUAAUGUAAAAUAUGUUAACAUUGUGUGCCAAGUUUUAAUGUAGCAUAUUCCUUUGUAUGGUCGUGAUUGUCAGUUCGCAGUAGCACAGCUAGGCAACUGGCAUUUAUAAUUUUCAAAAAUGAUGAAAAAUUAACUUACACAAUGGUUAAGCCUGUGGUGACACAGAAGCUGACAAAGUGGUACUAAAUUUUCUGACAUUACAGAAGCUCCAUCCGGCAUAGUAUAAGCACAGACAAAUUUUGUUAAAGGUCAACAUUUUACGUUUGAUCUACAUAAAAAAGACAUGCUGCAUGGAUGGGGAGUCGGCCAAUGGAAGUGUACAGAACCUAGUAUAUGAUUAGAAGCUAAUCACAUUUCUGAGGAUAAAUGAAGUUGGUGAUAAUGUCCUGUGUUUUGGAAAAUGAAAUGGUGGAUGAAGCUUUGUAGGAUUCUUUGUUUGUAUAGUGUGUUGAAUUGCUCUGCCAUUUCUUUUUCUGCUUCAGCCUCGGGCUUGUAGUCAUUUGCCUUUGAGUGCCUGAGUAUCUUUAAUUACAUUUGGGCUUCUUGCAGGCAUUUACUUCUCAGUGCCUUACCAUUGUACAUGCCUAAACAUUGUUAACAUGCUACAGGAGUGCAGGUACUGUUGCUAAAUAUAGUAAUGUGUCCCAUGUAGAUGUGGUCGGAAGCAGACGUAAUGUGUUUAUUACUUUUUUAAGAGAUGUAUACUUUUUCACAUAACGGUUAUGUAUUUUACGGAUUUAUUUUUCUGUAUAUUCUGCCUUUAAAUAUGUUUAAACUAUCAGACUUUGUGCUGUGACACCAACAACGUCCAUGUUUUCAUUUUUAUUGUAUUGUAUUCUAUUUUUGACACGUUCUAGAGUAAACCAAAUCAGUAAAUCUCAUAUUUAAAGUGUAUUGCACAUUUUUAGUAGUAGUUUUGCAGGCUUUCUGGUCUGUUCUCCCAAGAGUUAGACCAACACAAGCAUUAAGUAAACAUUUAACUAUAGACAUGUUAGUUACAUAGAUUGUUUUAAAGAAGUUGACAAAAUAUGGAUUAAUUUUUGCUUACCUAGCAUAUUCUAAACUGUAAUAUUAUUGAUUGUAUUAAUGUUUUUAGUCUGCUGGAUGAAUGUUUCAUUUGACCAGAGUGUGGGGUCCACAUUUUAAAUGCAAAAGUUGACACCCAUCUGUAAUUAUUAUGGUUAACAAUAUAUUUAGGUUUAAGCAGCCAUCUUCAGGCAUGCUUUCUAAUGCAGAUAAAUACUUUGAGUUUAAAGUAGUGCAGCAAAUGUCUGUCUUUGUUGGUUUCUACUGUCAUAGAAGUGUACCAUGCACACAGGGUGAUGAAAGAACCAUACUGGAUUUUGAAGUGUGUGUUUUGGACAAGGAUUCACCAUUUUCUUCCACUUUGUUUUAAUAUCUUCUCUGAUACCUUUCAUGCCAGAUGAAAGCUGCUUGACCCAAAUAUUUUUCUUUUUUUUUUUUUUUUUUUAGAUACUGUAUACGGCUGCUUCCCUAGCAGCCACCACUUCCAGUUUCAAUAAGGAUGGUCUUGGUUCUUAACCAUAUGUUCUAGAAUUCAGUCACUGUUUUGACUCUGUGUCUUCAGCUUAUCACUCAUUUGUCACACUUUCUGUGAUGUAGGUUAUGUAAUUUACAAAUGUUGACUGGGAGACAAUGGGUGGCUAACUUUACUUGUGCAUCUAAGGAUCCUCAUUAAACUGGAGGAAACCAUGAUGGUAAAUAGCUUUCACUUUAAAAAUACACAACUGCUUUCAAAGAAAUUAUAUCAAUUCUUGGGUAAGAAGACCUGCUUCUUAAGCAAGAUCUUGAGAAAGGAUGGAAAAUUAGUGUAUUUUAGCAAGAUUUGGUUCUUCCAGUUUUACUUCAUGGAGAAAAUUCUGUUUCCAAUAAAAAUGAAUACUUCAAAGAAGUAUUGUUGUAAACCUGGUUUAAAAAUUGAAGGACUUUUCAGAAGCUGGAAAUUUUAAACUAGGCUACCAUGUUUGCACAUUCAUAGUAAGUUACAAAAGGUCUGUGAAGCAGUUUGCUGUACUUUAAAAAGAUAAUACUAGUGUCUUUUAAAGCAUGGAGAAUGGAAGGUUUUAAUUUAAGUGAAUUAUAAUGAUACUGUGCAUUUUUUUCAGUCUAUAUGUGAUCAGUCCAGAUGUAUAAUUUGUGUUGCUUAAGAAAAUGAAAUAUUUGCAUGUAGAGCUUAUUUUCUGUGGUUUAUAUCAAAUGUUGAUGAGUUUAUGAUGUACUUUUCUAUUGUUUUUACCAUAAUACAUUGUAAUAAAUGCACUUUUACUUAA